AUGACUAUCUGUAAAGAUGGUGAUUAUAUAAUUGACUUCAUUUUAUCUGUCCAUGAUGGUGAUUGGAAAGAAAGCGAGAAACCUUUCAGUAUGAAAAAUGUGCUGGCCGUGGAAGCCAUUAUUUCUACAAUCGAAGACAUUAACAGCGACCGGGGCUUGCUUCCCAACAUUACGCUUGGUUAUGUCAUUCGUGACGAUUACGGCUCCAAACAGCGUGCUACCGAAAUUGCAAUGUCACUGAUGAGCCGAAUCAUCCGAAAUGAAAAGACGCACAAGACAAGACAUCGAGAGAAUUCCAAGUGCAACCCAACACAUUCCAAUGAUCACUGGAACAAUCAACAAGGGCUCUUCGCCAAACCUGUAAUCGCCGUUGUUGGAGGUACCACAAGUGAUACAGGUAACCGGAUAGCUACGGUACUGAGAUCUAUUGAAAUCCCUAUUAUCAGCUACAUGGCUACGAAUUCCUCGUCUCGUGCUGUUUCGUACACCAAUUAUGCUGGCCCUUCUGUGGUGAACUACACAGUUGUAAAUCUCCAGUCUGUCGACAACAAUGGACGACUGAAAUUUAUUCAAGUGGGCAGCUGGGCUAAAGAUCUUUCAAAGCUGAACAAGAGCAGCAAGACAUUGGUUCUAUGCAAAUCCUCGAUACAAUGGAACACAGGUCAGGUUCCGCAGUCAAGAUGUUCCGAGCCGUGUGCAGGAGGAUACAAAACAAAUCCAGGUCCUCACAGAUGUUGUUGGCAUUGCGAAGCGUGUCCCCCAGGCCACAUAACCAACCCUAACAUGUCACAUUUGUGUAUCAAAUGUCCAAUUACCGAUCAUCCAAACCAAAAUCGUAACCAAUGCGUGGCCGACACGCAGAUCUUCUUACAUUACAGUCAGCCAAUCGGAAUCGCUCUUCUGGCAGUUUGCAGUUUUGGUGAGAUGUUAGGCUUUGCUUUGUUUGUCAUUUUACGACGCUGGAAAAACGACAAGCAAUAUAUUGCCAUGCCUUACCAGAAUCUUUCCUUCGUUAUAACAGCUUUAGGUUUCCUUCAGCCACUGAUUUUCUUGCAACGGACUUCAUCAUCAGCAUGCUAUUUGAGAAAUGUUUAUUUCUUAAUCUUCCUUAAUACACACGCCUGCUUUCUGUUCUGUAGUUGCGGAAAGGUGCGCCACCUGCUGGUUCGAAUAUGUUUAAUUUUGGCACGGCUUUCAAGAAGACGACAGAAGAUGAUAAGAAAAACCUGGACGCGGAGUAUGCGGAUAAAUUUUGCGAAGAAGAGAAAACAAGAAAGAGGAAGUGAAAGCAAUGAAUGGAAAAGGGGCGUAGAUGUUGGGAAGAGGGGGAAAGAAAAGGUUACGGUGGGAUGGCAAGAACAAAUAAACAGGGGUCAAGUGCGUCUUAAGUCAGAUAAAGCCGAGCCAACAGUUGCUAAAAAGAAGUCAAACAUCGAAGAAGAAAUGAAAGCUCCAGUUAAAGGAGAAAAAGAGUUAAAUUCGGAAGGGAAAAGCUCUUGUCAGUGGGCCCUAACAUUUUCCCAUCAUGCUUUGUUCUCUACGGCGUUAUUUCUCUCUAGCUUGCCGCUCGUCAUCAUCGAACGUGACUCCAUGAUCGAUGUGAGGCACAUCAAGCUGACAAAUACGUCUAACUAUCUGUUUUGCACUUUCGGUAGGUUGCCUGUUAUUGAAGCGUUGCCUGUCUUUCACUUUCUGCCUCUCGUCUUGACACUGAUCCUGACGAACCAGAAGAAAAACAUAUCCGACAGUACGAACAACGUCAACGUUUCAUUGUUUUACAUCCACGACAGGUUCGUUUAUUGUCUAACUUACCUUAUACUUCUGAUCGAAUGUACAUGCUUCCCUUUCAGUUUUCUUCUGCCCGGGCCACGGGAAAAAGACAUCUUAAUUCUCACGGUGACCCUCGUCAUUCAGUAUAGCUUCGUUUUCACAACGUACGGCACCAAAUUGUACGUCAUUUGUCGAGAGCAGUAUAAAAACAAAUAA